UCUUCUCAAGAAUAAUAAUUCAUAAAACCACAGUAAUUAUAACGAUCCUUGUAAAUAUAAAAAAAUAACGAACCAACGAACUAACACAAAAGCGAUCUUAAUAGCUAUAUUUUCUUGAUUAACCACUGAAGGUCGAUAAAAAGCUUUUGGAUCGGUGCAGGACGAUGCAGUACAGGAUUGCAUACAAGACGAUAUUAACAGUUCACGGAGAUUUACAGAAGUUUUGAUUUCUGAGAAUAAAAGACUUUGCGAAGAAUAUUCUGAAGACGCCAGUUCUGUCCUAAACGCAAAUCUUUGGACAUGUGCAGCGUGUUUUUGCAGAUUGGUCAAGGAGGAAACCAAAUCGGACAGUCCUUUUUCGAUGCUGUCGGCAUCAACGCUGGAACUAAUAAAUGUAGCUGUAUUUACCAACACCAUGACCAGAAGCUACGCUCAAUAAAUGUGGACAGUGAAUGGAAGACAGUGAACGCAUUGAAGAAGAACCAAUUGAUCAGGGCCAACAACAUUAUUCAUGGACUUUGUGGACGUGGCAAUAACUGGGCCAUGGGUUAUUAUGGUUUGAAUGAUCCACAAGAAAAAGACAUUCUCCAGAAGACACUCCAAAGUGUACGAAAGGAAAGUGAACGAUGUGACAAUUUCACUGGCAUUAUACUUUUCCACAGUCUGACUGGUGGCACAGGAGCAGGGUUUGGCUCCCUUGUGGUGGAACACUUACGUGAGGCUUACCCCACCUCUUAUAUAUUGUCCUGUGCCAUUGCUCCCUUUGCCAGUGGAGAGAGCCCUUUGCAACAUUAUAACAGUAUGCUGUCCCUGUCAUGGUUACACAGGUUUGCUGAUGGAAUAGUCAUGCUUCCUAACGAUGCCUUUCACCAGACAUCGCUUCAGGAAAAUGGUAAAAUAACAAAUGGCACGAAGCUCCCUGUUUGGGACAUAAACCAUUCGAUGAGUCAAGCCUUGGCUGGAGUUCUCUACCUUACCGACAGUCUUUUAUUUGAGAGGGGUUACAGCCUUGGCAGUGAACCCUGGUACCUCCUGAAAACCUUGUGCUCCAGACCUGACACGAAGAUUAUAUCACUGACUCACAAACGGCUCCGACAUUCAUGGGAGCAGAGUCUGACCUCAGUAACAAGAUUAUUCUCGGCAGCAGACAAGAAGUUUAAAUCUGUUUCAAAUAUUUUGGUUGGUCGAGGUGAGAACCAAUCAUAUGACUUCAUACGAGCCAUACAGAAACGACAACAACAGAUUGAAAAUAACCUGAAUUGUGUUUCAUGGAAUCCGUGUCCAGUCGACUAUUGGUCAGCUGAUCACUGUCUUCCUGGUGAGAAAGUUUCUUCUCUGACGCUGGCAUCCAACACUGGCUACGUAACUGACUUUCUGGAGAGAACUUUAUACAAAGCUAAAAGAAUGCAUGAAAAUAAGGCAUAUUUACAUUGGUACUGGAAGCAUGGAGCUUCACAGAAUGAUUUUGAGAAUGCGUUUGAGACGGUACAAAGGAUCAUUGACAAUUACGAAGCAGUUGCUACAUCAUCAUGAAGCACAGGAAUUAUCUCCCUUCGAAACAAUUGCCUCCCUUUAAAGAUGUCUCUGGAUAUAAUUUUCUUUCCAUUUUCAUAUCUCUACCAUUGUCAUCAUUUAUUACAUAAAUGUUUUAUUCAAUAUCAUCUCGAAUUUCAUUAAAAGUUAACUUGUA